AUGAAAAAUUAUGAAAUCAAACUCAUCAAGACAUUGAACAUGCAAAACUUCAUGGUUUCUGUACAACAAGAACAAGACAUUAUCAACAAAUCAUCAUUCCCGAUUCAUCAGCAUAAUAAUUUCAUUGUAUUAGAUUUAUCAUGUGAAAAUUCGAAGCAGUUGCUGAACGAGUUAACUCCGAAUGAAUUCUUUCAACGAAAAUUCAUUUUACUUGAUACUCAAUCUAAAAUAAAUCUUCAAAAAUAUUUGGAAUUUAAAGCAAUUUUACCAAGUUCUGAGAUUUUUUAUUUCGAAAACGAUGUAGGAAAUAUUUUUGUCAAACAAGUUUAUCGAACUUCGUUAGAAUCUUCAACAAAUAUUGAAACAUUUGGCUUAUGGUUUAAGGGAAACGAUGCAUUUAAGGACUUAAGAUCAACAACAGUAACAUCACGUCGUCGGAAUGAUUUAUAUGGAACAGAAUUAAGAGCAUCGAUAGUCGUCACAAACAACGACACAUUACAUCAUCUUGAUGAUUAUCAUGAUAAACAUAUCGACACAAUCAGUAAAGUUAACUAUCAAUUAACGAACCGACUUAUUGAAUGGUUGAACGCAACAAUUUCUUAUUCCAUCGUAACAUCGUGGGGAUAUAAAAAUAAUGAAACAAAUGAAUGGAGUGGAAUGAUAGGAGAGCUUGAGAAGAAAAUUGCUGACUUAGGUGCUUCGCCAUUGUUCUUCACAGCAGACAGAGUUGACGUUAUUGAUUACAUCGCAUGUACUUCUCAAACCAAAUCUAAAUUUGUGUUUCGAUCACCGAAAUUAUCAUACACAGACAAUGUUUUUGUUUUACCGUUUGACAGUGGCGUUUGGAAAUCGUUAGGAGCGAUGUUGAUGAUCUCAUCAUUCAUUCUUUACUUUGCAUCAAGCACUGAAUGGAAAUCAAAUCUUGUUAAUGUUAAUGACCCUACAAUAUUGAAACCUUCAAUGUAUGAGACAUCAUUUGUGCUAUUUUGUGCACUUUGCCAGCAAGGAUCAUCAUCAUUACCAAUCAGUUUCGGAUCAAGACUUAUCACUAUGAUUUGCUUCACUGCUUUGAUGUUCUUGUAUGCAAGUUAUUCAGCGAACAUCGUCGCACUUUUACAAUCGCCAUCAAGUAAAAUCAAAACACUUGAAGAUCUUUAUAAUUCAAGAAUUAAAUUAGGUGUUGAUGACACUGUCUUCAACCAUUAUUACUUUGCACAUGCUGACGAGAAGAUACGAAAAGCAAUUUACAACGAUAGAAUCAAAAGAAAAGAUGGAAAGGAAAAUUUUUAUAAUUUAUCUGAUGGUGUUAAAAUGAUACGAGAAGAUCUUUUUGGAUUUCACAUGGAAGUUGGCGUUGGUUACAAAAUUCUACUGGAAGAAUUCCAAGAAGAUGAGAAAUGUGGUCUUCAGGAGAUUCAAUAUCUUCAAGUCAUUGAUCCAUUUUACGCUAUACAGAAAAAUUCUUCUUACUAUGAACUUUUCAAAAUUGGACUUUUGAAGCUGCAUGAAUUUGGCUUACAAGAUCGUGAAAAUUCGAGACUUUACACGAGGAAACCGAAAUGUUCUGGUCAAGGAUCAAAAUUUAUCUCAGUUGGAUUAAUCGAUGUUCAACCUGCACUUCUGAUUUUUCUGUAUGGAAUUGGAGCUGGUUUUAUGGCGCUUUUCAUUGAAAAGUUUCACUUUCGUUUUAAAUCGUUAGUGAAGAAUUAA